AUGGCUGGUGAAAGUCCACCGAGACGAUUAUCGCAGAUAUUCGACCCGCUCAUGAGUUUAAGUGAGCUCCAGGCCCAGAUACAGCAGCAGCAACAUCAGUUGGCUCACCUAAAGUACACCAGUGGUGGGGGAAGUGGCGGUGGCAGUAGUGGCGGCUGUCCAACACCGCCACUGGCGCCUCACCCACACAGUGGCAUGGGUAUACCGCCGAUGGCAAACUCUUCCUCGACUCAAACGUUCUCGUCUUCCUCGACGCUACAGCACCAUCAUGGAGGAGUUGGUGGUGUAGGUGGUGGUGGUGGCGGCGGUGGUCAUCCAAAUGGUGGAGCAGGUUACUACAAUACGACAGCGUCAUCCUCGACGUCUUUGUCAUCCGUGUCAAAUCAGAGCACGAAGCUAAGCUCUAGUAGCAGUACCGGCAGCUAUAUCGGUGGAACGCUCGGUUCUGGUGGUAGCGGGAGUGGUGGUGGUGGCGGUCCGGGAGGCGGGGUUCUACCAGUGCCUCCACCGCAUGUUUUGGGCAGGAUAAUGAUGGGCUCAAGAUCAACACCAAACAGUCCACGGUUGAUGAGCCGUCGAAAUGGGAGCGGUUCGAAACCUCCACCAGUUCCACAAAAACCGAAUGCAGCCUACAUCGCUAACCCGUCACUCGUUGCACUAGAUUGUGAUGCUCCUUGGCCACCAAUCAGCAGCCUUGGCCCAGAUCCACUCUCGAUGGUGGAAGGACAUCAUCAUCUAGGGGGCAGUGGUGGAGGAGGAUAUCUACAUCAUCAACCAGAGCCACCGUACCAGCACGUCAUGGGCUCAGCAGCAUCACGCCAGCAGCAUGGUGGCGAUACGUUCUUUAACCUCAUCGUCGCGUUGUAA